AUGAGUUGUCUAACUAAAGCCUCGGAAACAGAGGUGACCAGCCAAACGGUGUUGAAGAAUGAUCAUGAUGAUGCAGUAAACCCCCCAAAGAAGAAGAACAGCAAGGACAAUCCGUUGUUCCAAUCUCCCUUGGCGGGUCAACGAAGGGGCUUGGGUCGGUCGGCACGACGAAGACGAAAGAAACUCAUUGAGACGCUGAGAGCCGAAGAGCAACUGCUGAAACAAGAUGGAACUUCUACUACUACCAACACAAACACCAGUGUCAUCGCCACCGAUCGCCAUCGGAUUUGGCCUGGAGUGGAGGAACGGCGUCGUCUCCUACAAUCCAACACUGAUGGAGACUACUGGGGCAGCGACGCACCACGGUUGGUGGCCCAAUUAGCGUUUAUUCCGGGCAAUGCCAUUCGCAUCUGUGCCCGCGUCUCCACGGUUCCCUUUUUACAAACACAUCGAACUGUGGGAGAGGAACCUGUGGUUCUACAGUUGUAUCCGUUGGCUGUGCGAGACGAUGACGAUGCCGCAAACAGCAAAUUCAAACGACGCAAACGAAAACGACAAAAACAGCCACAGACGGACGACAAGACGAAUGAUGAUAGUGCUACAGAACAAUCCGAAACCAAAAUGCCAGAGAAUGCGAAAGGAGGAGACACAAUUUUGGAUCUGUCGCAACAAAGUAAAGACUCUACUAAAAGGGAUCCCGACACGAAAAAUCUACAAUCCAAUCCACCAACCAAAGAUGAUGACAACAAACAAUUGGAGGAGGACGACUUUGUCGUGGAACCAUUCCCCACACUCUACUGGUUGACUCAUCCUCUAUUACGGACGAUGGUCUCCAAAUUGGAAUUGCAAGGCACCGGUCGACGAUUGGAACAACGACUCCAGAACGACCCACACGCAUUGGAGGCAAUGACACGAGCGCACCAUGGGUAUGGACAAGAACGCUACGACUUGUUGACGCCCACGGAUAUUGCUUAUAUUGAAACGCGAAAGUGGCAACGGGCAUUUGAUCCUCGUCAACGAGGUGUCGCGGGAAUUCGGAACCACGCCGCCGUCAAGUGUUUGCACGCCCAUGUCGCCCACUAUCUGAGUGGUGGUCAAGGCAGUUCCGAUAAUGUCAUUGGAAAGUGGGUCAUGGAAGAAAUCAUGGAACAGCAACAACAACAACAACAACAGAGCCUACCCAAAGAAAAGCAUGCUACAGAGAGUAUCAUGGACGAGGAUACUGGAGUGGGUACGAAACAUGAUGAUGAAGAAGAAAAAGUGCAAGGGGAUGCCAAAGCAUAA